GGUAGGAAGGCAUUAACUAACUACCUCACAAACUGAAGUUGCCAGCCAAACCGAGCCACGNGAGAGGAGACUUUCUGAAUCUUCCUCACAACCCAGGCGUUUGCAGCGGCGGAUGUAACCUGUGCAGCUCCUUCCUUCUACUGCUGCUUUGCUCACGCUUAAAUCCCUCUCCUCACUGCCAGCGGUGCCAGAAGCAGCGUGAAUUCCAAGAGAUCCACCAGCGGUUUUGUUUCUGUCCGAGGUCGCUCAUCCGAUCCUGCCCUGAGAGAGGCGCCAACAAAGGAGUUGAGGAGGUGCCACCCACCCCAGCUGCGGNGGGAGGAGGAGCGCCAAGGCCCGUGUCCCGACCCGCCGUGCGUACUCACUGGAGGGAAGGGCGGGGUGCCGCUCCGGGAGGGGGACGCCCGGUGGCUCGGGGUUAGCCAAGUUCCAGCUUUUGGCGUCCCCUCCUCUGCUCCCACGCGAGGAAAGUUUGCCGUCGACGCUUGCGGCCGGCUNGCGCCCGCCGGGCCCAGGCGGUCGAGUCUUCGGAGCGGGCGCUGUCCCAGCUCCGGGGAACCGCGAGCCGCGAUGCCUGGGGCGGGCUCCCGGGGCCCCUCCGCCGGGGACGGACGGCUGCGGUUGGCAAGGCUGGCGCUAGUGCUGCUGGGUUGGGUCUCCGCGUCGGCCCCCAGCUCUUCGGUACCCUCGUCUUCCACCUCCCCGGCAGCUUUCCUGGCCUNGGGGUCUGCGCAGCCUCCGCCAGCCGAGAGAUGCCCCGCGGCGUGCGAGUGCUCCGAGGCGGCGCGCACGGUUAAGUGCGUGAACCGCAACCUGCUGGAGGUGCCGGCGGACCUACCGCCUUACGUGCGCAACCUUUUCCUUACCGGCAACCAGAUGACCGUGCUCCCGGCGGGCGCCUUCGCCCGCCAGCCGCCGCUCGCCGACCUGGAGGCGCUCAACCUCAGCGGCAACCACCUGAAGGAGGUGUGUGCAGGUGCCUUCGAGCAUCUGCCGGGUCUGCGCCGACUUGACCUCAGCCACAACCCUCUCACCAACCUCAGCGCCUUCGCCUUUGCGGGCAGCAACGCCAGCGUCUCGGCUCCCAGCCCCCUGGAGGAGCUGAUCCUGAAUCACAUCGUGCCCCCUGAGGAUCAGCGGCAGAACGGGAGCUUCGAGGGUAUGGUGGCCUUCGAAGGCAUGGUGGCAGCUGCUCUGCGCUCAGGCCUUGCACUCCGAGGUCUUACACGCCUGGAGCUAGCCAGCAAUCACUUUCUUUUCCUGCCUCGGGACUUAUUAGCCCAACUGCCGAGUCUCAGAUACCUGGACCUCAGGAACAACUCCCUGGUGAGCCUGACCUAUGCAUCCUUCCGCAACCUGACACACCUUGAAAGCCUCCACUUGGAGGACAAUGCCCUCAAGGUCCUUCACAACUCCACCUUGGCUGAGUGGCAAGGCCUGGCUCAUGUCAGGGUGUUCCUGGACAACAAUCCCUGGGUUUGCGACUGCUACAUGGCUGACAUGGUGGCUUGGCUUAAAGAGACAGAGGUUGUGCNGGAUAAAGCCAGGCUUACCUGCGCAUUCCCGGAGAAAAUGAGGAAUCGUGGCCUCUUAGACCUCAACAGCUCUGACCUGGACUGUGACGCUAUCCUUCCCCAAUCCCUGCAGACUUCCUAUGUCUUCCUAGGUAUUGUUUUAGCUCUGAUAGGCGCUAUUUUCCUCCUCGUUUUGUAUUUGAACCGUAAAGGCAUAAAAAAGUGGAUGCAUAACAUCAGAGAUGCCUGCAGGGAUCACAUGGAAGGGUAUCAUUACAGAUACGAAAUCAAUGCGGACCCCAGAUUAACAAAUCUUAGUUCCAACUCGGAUGUCUGAGAAACAGGACCCAUCAAGGAGGACUCUGCAUGAGGUGUAGACUUAAGGUUUUUUUUUUUCCCCCUUUACUAGGCUUGCUCCACUUCUACACUCCACCGUAGACACUAUUGACUUUGAUCCUUGUUAUGUAAAAUCCUGGUGUGUUCUGUUAAUGUAAGGACAUGAACAACUGUGCACAUGUUUAUUUUCCCCAUUCCUUUCGGUACUCCUCGAUGCCUGCGGAGGGAUUGUUUUUUUUUUUU